GCAGUAGCAAGUAGCAACAGCAAAACCCCCAAAUAAACCCUCCAACACAUCGGCGCCGUUUCGAAGACCCACAUACACUCUCUUCCGCCACCUCGUCCACUACCUCCGUCGUCCUCCGAAGCUGAAUCAUCAUCUUCUCUCUCUCUCUCUCUCUGUGGGGCCAACCAUGGACGAAGCACAAGACAACCAUGCUAUUAUUACCAAGAAAAAACCUUCCGCUAAUCAGGACAUCUCCGAUGAGUUAGAUCUGAAAAUAAAGAAGUAUCUCAGAGGAGAAGCUGCUUCUUUUGAGGAUUUGAAAGAUAGGAAGCUCAAGCGUCAACUAUCUGUUAGAGAAGAAUUAUAUGGCAAUGCCGCGAAAGCUGCUGCCAAGGCGGAAAAGUGGCUUAUGCCUAACGAGGGAGGUUAUCUGGAGGCUGAAGGCAUAGAGAAGACAUGGAGGAUCAAACAGGAGGCUAUAGCGAAAGAAGUAGGUCUUGUAAACUUAAGGAACCAAUACGAUAUUGUUUUACCAGAUCUUGGUCCAUAUACCCUGGAUUUUACUUCAAGCGGCCGUUAUAUGGCUGUUGGUGGUCGUAAAGGCCACCUUGGAAUUGUGGACAUGAUAAAUCUUAACCUAAUCAAAGAGAUUCAGGUAGCAGAAACAGUGCGUGAUGUGGUAUUCUUGCAUAAUGAGCUCUUUUUCGCUGCUGCCCAGAAGAAGUUUGUUUACAUGUAUAAUCGAGACGGAACUGAAAUUCGCUGCCUCAGGGAACAUGGUGCAGCAUUAAAGCUUCAGUUUCUGAAAAACCAUUUUCUGUUGGCUUCAGUCAACAAAUUUGGGCAACUUCAUUAUCAAGAUAUUACAAUGGGUGAGAUUGUGGGUAAUUUUCGAACAGGCCUGGGACGCACAAAUGUGAUGCAAGUGAACCCCUUCAAUGCAGUUGUUGGUCUGGGUCACGCAGGUGGUACAGUUACAAUGUGGAAGCCAACUAGUUCUGCUCCCCUUGUGAAAAUGCUAUGUCAUCAUGGGCCUGUUUCAGCACUAGCAUUCCACCCUAAUGGCCACUUAAUGGCCACAGCGGGUAAAGAGAAGAGGAUUAAGCUUUGGGACUUGAGGAAAUUUGAGCCUCUUCAAACGUUAACGGGCCACGCAAACACACUGGAUUUUAGUCAAAAGGGCUUGCUUGCUUGUGGUGUUGGUUCGUUUGUACAGGUUCUGAAUGAUGUUUCUGGGACGCAGAACUAUUCUAAGUACAUGACUCAUUCGAUGGCGAAAGGUUACCAGAUAGGAAGAUUAGCUUUUCGGCCGUAUGAAGAUGUUCUAGCCAUUGGCCAUUCCAUGGGUUGGUCUAGUAUUCUUAUUCCAGGUGCCGGAGAACCCAACUUCGACACAUGGGUUGCCAAUCCAUUUGAAACAUCUAAACAGCGGAGAGAGAAGGAAGUGCGGUCUCUUCUUGAUAAACUUCCACCUGAGACUAUCAUGCUGGAUCCAAGCAAGAUUGGUACGGUGAAAUCAACGUAUAGAGAGAAACCGACAAAGCAAGAGAGGGAGGCUGAAGUUGAAGCCGCAGUUGAAGCUGCCAAGGGCACAAAACUGAAGAACAAAACAAAAGGAAGAAAUAAGCCAGGUAAAAAGAUACAGAAGAAGCAGGAUGCAAUUGCUAGAGUGAAGAGGCCUUACUUAGAGGAGAAGAUUAACGAGGAACAAAAGAUAUCCCAUAAGAAGCAGAAAACUGGUGAGAACAUUGAUUUACCAAAAUCUUUACAGAGGUUUGCUCGUAAGAAAUCAUCAUGAUAUAGAGUUCAGGUUUCUGAGUUAUUGUAUUUGUUGUCACAUUUGAUAUCAAUUGUAUCCAAAGGCCUAUGAUAUUGAAA